CCGCAAACUUCCUCCUCGAUUUACCGGCCACCAACUCGACAACAUUCACAUCACCAUAGCAUACGAAAGCAUGUCGGUCACAACAACUGCCAACGCUCGCAUCCUAACUACCGCCGACUACCUCUCCGACUACACCAUCCAUCACACGCAGCCCUCUUCCUCCUCCUCAUCCCCCGCACCCGCUCCCAACGCCCUCGACGUACCGGGAGGAACGACCGUAUCAAGAGGAGAUACCCCCAAUGCAGCCAAUUGGGAAACUCGUUGGCGUCGAGUUCCAGCCCAUCGACCAGUCCAAGAUCAGCGAGAUGAGAUGCGGACAACCUAUACGAGUGAGGUGGAGAGGAAUUUCGUGAGGGUAAUGUUUUCUGGAGUAUUCAUGGUGGCUUCUACCAGUCAGAUCUGGAGAGCGACGGGUGGGAGGUUGAAUGGCGACAUUUUCAAGUACAAGGUCGGAGGAGAGUGGUGAACGGAUAUCUCUAGUAGAAGCAGGGAGUGGUAUCGAGUGAACAUGCAUCUCUGACGAC